AUGGUGGAUCCCUAUGUCAUAGCGAUGUUCCGUCCUCCUCACUCUGUGCUACCCCUACCUCCAAUCGAUACCAAACAGGAGUUUGAUGAACGAAGCGAUAGAAGUCAUGUCCGAUCUCGACGAGUAAUUUCAACUCACAAUGAUUACACAAUUGGUCGGCUUUCUCGCUCUCGCAGUCGCAGCCCUCACCGCUUCCGUGAAGAUUUUUUGAUACGAGAUGAUCCUGGACUACAUCGCAGUAAAGCCGAAGACCCGAUCUCGUGGGAUGAUGAUCAACUAGGAGAGAGUACAACAGUCAUGUGGGAUCGUGUCGGUCAGCGAUUGACACCAUCACCUCGAUCUAUUCAACCACCCCCACCCUCACCACCUGGGAGGUCCCGAGAUUCAUCAGGGGGCAAUCCUUUCAUUCCCUCACCUGUACGUUUACCGCAGAAAUCAGAGCCCAGGGACCCUUACGCAUAUACAAGGAGGCACUGA